AUGGCGCUGCUGGGGGAGCCUCCUGUGCAGCCGGAGCGCCAAGAUUUCAGCGCUCCGCUGCGUUAUGCGCCUAAAGCGCCCCCUCAGCGGUCCGUGCGCACGCGCCGGAAGGAGGAGACGCGGCCUUGCCAGCUGCGGAUCAAUGCUGUGCCAAAUGCUGCUGGCUCUGCCUACUUGGAGCAGGGCCGCACGAAGAUCUUAGCUACAGUCUACGGCCCGCGGCAAGCUGAACGAGAUCGGCAGCAAGCACGGGCUGAGGGACAGCUCUUUGUGGAGGUGCAUUUCGCGCCCUUUUGCGCGCGUGACUUCAACAAAGAGGAGUCUGAGAAACGAGCGGUCCUUUACAACUCCAUCCUGCAGAGCACUUUGGAGUCGGUGAUUCUUCUAGAGAGAUAUGGAAAGACUGCCUUUGACGUCACCUUGCUGGUCCUGGAAGACGAUGGUGCAGUGCUUACUGGAAGCCUGGCCGCAGCCUCCCUGGCGCUGGCAGAUGCAAAGGUGGAGAUGCGGGACCUCAUCGCCGGCGCCACGGUCCACCUGAAGCCGCGCGACGCGAGCGCGGCGGGCGGGGAGGAGCUGCUGUUGGACUGUGACCGAGCGGAGGAGCUGGCGAUGCCCGAGAAGAGUGCCGUGCUCCAUCUGGGGCUCUGCCCGGCCCGAGGCCUGGUCUGCUUGCUUCACUCGGUGGGCCCCUUGCCACCGAAGCCCUUCGAGCAGAUGGUGCUCCUGGCGAAGGACACGGCGGAGGCCUUCGGCGCAGAGAUGCGGAGGUGCUUGCAGGACCAGGUUCACCGACGCGCAGAGAAGAAGCGAGCGCGCUCCUUCGGCGAGAUCCUGGAGGUCGAUAGCAGCUUCUUGGAUGAAGACAUGGCCGUGCUGGAUGAUGGCUAUGGCUGA